AUGAACUACUACGCCUACCUGUUCAAAUUCAUAGUCAUUGGGGACACCGGGGUCGGCAAGAGCUGUCUUGUCCUGCAGUUCAUUGAGGGCAAGAUGCGCCUCGCGCAUGAUGUCACCAUCGGCGUCGAGUUCGGGGCCAAGAUGGUCAAGGUUGACGGCAAGGACAUCAAGCUGCAGAUUUGGGAUACUGCUGGCCAGGAAAACUUCAGAUCGAUUACGCGAUCGUACUACCGGUCUGCGAUCGGCGCCCUGCUGGUCUUUGACAUUACUCGCCGAGAGACCUUCAACCAUCUCAAAAAUUGGCUGGAGGAGGUCAACCAAAACGGCAACCCGUACAUGACCAUACUGUUGGUCGGCAACAAGACUGAUCUUGAGUCCCAGCGGAAGGUUGGAACUGCCGAGGCUCAGGAAUUUGCGGAGGCUAACAACCUUCAGUAUAUUGAGGUUAGCGCCAAGUAG